AUGGGGAUUUAUCAGUUCUGGCUGUUCAGGAGUCUGAUGGACUGCAGAAAGAAACUGUCUCUCAGUCGGCUCGUACAGGACCAGAUGCUGCGGAGACAUGUCCUGGAGGAAGGGAAGGUCGGCUCCUACAAUGUGGUGGGCAGUUCACACAACUCUCUGCUGAGCUUUAUGGCUGCCUGCAGUGCUGUUCCUGAACCAGGCAGUGAUGCAGCCGGUCAAGAUGCUCUUCACAGUGCAGGAAUGAUCAUUACUGCUGAUCUGAAUGUGAGGUUGGUGAAUGGUGACAGUCGUUGUUCUGGUAGAGUUGAGGUUCUUAAAGGUCGUCAGUGGGAAACAGUGUGUCAUCAUAAUUGGGAUCUGACAGAUGCUGCAGUGGUGUGUAGAGAGGUGAACUGUGGAGAGGCUGUACAGGCUCUGGGUUAUGCUUACUUUGGAGAAGGAUCAGGACCAAUCACAAUGUCUGAUGUGAGCUGUAGUGGAUCAGAGUCCUCACUAAAGAACUGUAAAGCACACAAUAUGAAUUUACAGCACUGUUCUCAUUCUCGUGAUGCUGGUGUGAUCUGCUCAGAAACCAUAAUCUAUGGAAGGUUUGCAAGACUUGUUAAUGGACCUCAUCUGUGCUCUGGAAGAGUCGAGCUGCUUCGUGGGAACACCUGGAUGUCAGUGUGUGAUGCUGUGUUUGAUGAUCACGAUGCAGAGGUUGUGUGUAGAGAGCUGAACUGUGGGGUUCCUGUACAGCUGCUGGGUGCAGAUACUUUUGGUAAAGGAGAGGAGCAGGUGUGGACACAAGAGAUUCAAUGUAGAGGAGAUGAAUCACUCAGUCGAUUAUGUUCAUAUUCUUCACGUAAAGUAACCUGCUCUCAUGACAAUGAUGUGGGACUGAGAUGUUCUGGUUACUUUGACCACAGACUGGUGAACGGUCCUGAUAUCUGCUCUGGUCGAGUUGAAGUUCGACACCUUAAUGAGUCGAGAACAGUUUGUGAUGCAUGCUGGGAUAUUAGAGCUGCCAAUGUUCUCUGUAGAGAGCUGAAUUGUGGGAUUGCUGUGUCUGUUGUGGGAGUGGACUGGUUUGGAGAGGGAUCUGGUGAAAUCUGGGCUGAUGUGUUUGAUUGUCAGGGGAAUGAAACAAAACUCUCAGAAUGUUCAAUCUCUUCAUGGAGUCGAGCUGAAUCCUCUCAUAAACAAGAUGUUGGAGUCAUUUGUUCUAGUGAGUGAACUUCACUCUGUCAUUAACAUGAAGUUACUGUAGUGUGAUCGUAAUCAAUCUGAAAAUGUCAAAUCCUUUCUCCAGAUUCCUCUCUGUCUCUUCAUGAUGGUCGAGUGAGGUUGUCUGGAGAGAGAGAGUGUGAGGGUGAGGUGGAAGUUUACAUUCAUCAGGUUUGGAGGAGAGUUCUGCUGGACUCCUGGAGUCUCACUGAAUCCUCUGUGGUCUGCAGACAGCUGGGCUGUGGCUCUGUGCUGAACUUAACUAACUCCUCUUCAUCCAGUGAUGAACACAGUUAUGAGUGUGUGAUGGGCUUCCAGUGCUCUGGGACUGAAGAUCAUCUGAGGAACUGCAGCUCUCCACAAACUCUCAACUGCAGCGCAACACAACAGCUGUCAAUCACCUGCCUUGGUCAGACUUAUAAUAUCUUAAUGUAUUUGUAAAUGUAUUGGUUCAAAUGCAGUAACUGUUUCUC